AUGACCGAGCUUGUCAGUUCUCAUACCGCAUCUAUUCAAAAGUUGGAGAUGCAAAUGAGAGAUCUCUCAAGAGAGAAAAAUCCAAAGCAAAAGGGGACACUCCCAAGUGACACAAUUGCAAACCCAAAGGGUAAUGGGUGUGGUCCAACUUCUCAUUGCAUGGCAAUUACAACUCAGAGUGGGAACGUACUUCAAGGAGAGAAUGAACAAGUGGUCAAAGUGGAAGAUUCCGAACAAGAAGUUGAGGCACAAGUUGAAUUGCCAAUUGUUGUUGAAGCUAAAAAGUUUCCGGAAGAGUUGAAAGUUCAAGAAGUGAACUGGGAAGAGGUUAUGGAAAAGGUGAAAGAGACGCCAAAAACUCUAGCACCAAUUCCUAGACUUCCUCCUCAUUUUCCUCAAAGACUUGCUAGGAAGGUUUAUGAUAGCAAACUCGAGAAGUUCUAUGACAUUCUCAAGCAAUUAUCGGUAAAUAUUCCAUUUGUGGAAACAUUUCAAGAGAUGCCGAGUUUUGCUAAGUAUUUGAAAAACAUGAUCACCAAGAAGAAAACCACCAAGAAUGAAGUGCAAGCGGGGUUAGGUAUUCUGAGGCCUACAAGUAUGAGGUUGCAAAUGGCCGAUCAUUCAAUAAAGAGACCGGUGGGAAUUAUUGAUGAUGUGCUUGUGAAAGUGGGAAAUUUCCUCCUCCCCACCGACUUUGUGAUCCGUGAUUGUGCUGUUGACAACGAGAUGCCUAUCAUCUUGGGAAGGCCAUUUCUUUCUACCGGAAGAGCACUCAUGGAUUUGAAACGAAAUGAGAUCAAGUUCCAAGUAAAUGAUGAAGAGGUCACAUUCCAAGUGAUCAAGGGUAUGAAGUUGCCAAAUGCAAAUGAAAGCAUCUCAGUCAUUGAUAUUGUUGAUGAGGUAGAAGAUGCAAUUGAGAUGAAGAUGAAAGAACAAUGCCUUGGUGAGGCAUUGGUGGCUAUUUUGGUAAAUUUUGAUGGUGAAGAUAUGUAG